UGGCAAACGUUGAGGAUUCCCGAGGACCCGUCCGUAUACCGCGCAACGAAAUCACUACCCAUUGACCGCUCACGCGCCGGCGCGCAACCGUCAAAAUGUCUGCCGGUCUCUACGCCAUCCCCUACAAUGGCACCGAGGGCGAGGCCGACGCCGGCUACUCUGCUGGUGUUGCCGACCUCAACGUCUUCUAUGAGUCUGGCGAUCUAGCCUGGAUUAUGGUCUGCUCGGCACUCGUGCUGCUCAUGAUUCCCGGUGUCGGUUUCUUCUACUCUGGUCUCGCCCGUCGCAAGUCUGCGCUAUCCUUGAUAUUGAUCUCGAUGAUUUGUGUGGGCGUGGUUGGAUUCCAAUGGUUCUUCUGGGGUUACACCUUGACCUUUUCUCACACCGGCUCUGUCUUCCUUGGCGACAUGUCGAACUUUGGUCUCAAUGACGUCGUCGCUCAACCCUCUGUCGGCUCCACCAAGCUCCCUGAUAUUCUCUUUUGUCUGUACCAGGGCAUGUUCGCCGCCAUUACUCCCGCCCUCGCUCUCGGCGCUAUUGCUGACCGCGGUCGCAUCCUCCCCGCCAUGGUCUUCGCUUUCGUUUGGGCCACCAUUGUCUACGACCCCAUCGCUUACUGGACCUGGAACGGCAAUGGCUGGCUAUUCAUCCUCGGCUCAUACGACUUUGCCGGUGGUACGCCCGUCCACAUCUCCUCUGGUGCUGCCGCCCUUGCCUACUCAUUGAUGCUGGGUAAGCGCACCGGUUACAACAGCGUCCACGGUCUCCCGUACCGCCCUCAUAACGUCACCCACGUCGUUCUCGGAACCGUGUUCCUCUGGGUUGGUUGGUUCGGUUUCAACGGUGGAUCCGCUCUCGCCUCCAACAUUCGUGCUGUCAUGGCCUGCUUCAACACCAACCUUGCGGCCGGUGUCGGUGGUGUCACCUGGAUGCUCCUCGACUACCGUCUGGAGAAGAAGUGGUCCACCAUUGCUUUCUGCUCCGGCGCCAUUGCUGGUCUGGUUGCCAUCACCCCUGGGGCUGGUUUCGUUACUCCCUGGGCAGCUGUCAUCUUCGGUAUUGUCGGUGCUAUCGCCUGCAACUUUGGCACCAAGCUCAAGUUCGUCCUUGGAAUUGACGACGGUCUUGAUAUCUUUGCGGUCCACGGAAUCGGCGGUAUUACCGGCAACGUCUUGACUGGUAUCUUCGCUGCCUCCUACAUUGCUGCCCUCGAUGGCGCCUACACUGGUGAAUCCGCGAUCGCCGGUGGUUGGAUUGAGCACCACUACGUCCAGCUCGGCUACCAGCUUGCCGGCUCCGUUGCCGGUUUCGCCUGGUCCUUCACCUUGACCUGCCUCAUCCUUUUCCUGAUGAACCUGAUCCCCGGCCUCAGUUUGCGUGUCAGCGUCGACGAUGAGGACCUCGGCAUUGAUGACUGCCAGCUCGGCGAAUUCGCCUACGACUACGUCGAGGUCACCCGCCAUGUCUCAGACAUUGUUCCCAGCAGCAGCCACGACGGUGCCCCUGGCAGCUCCGCCCACAGCUCAUUGCCCGAGAAGACUGUCUAAGUCUUUGGACAUGAAAGCUGCCUAAUUACCCAUCAUCUCAAGAUUUCGCUUGACCUUCGGAGGAUAUUUCGACGGCUGGAAAAAGGGGACGGCGGUUAUCAUCUAUAAUAUUAUUGUUCAUAUCUGCUUUGAUACCAACUUGGCACUCGCUUGCUAGGUUUACUAUUAGUCAUUCCGUGAAAUAAUUCACGAGAUCAUCUCACAAUCUUCAUAAACCGUCGCCCUCUUCUUGAAGCAUUCUUCGGUCAUUCAAUUGUGAUGGUCAUAGCCAUGGGCCGUGUGCCCAUGGUACCUGCGCCCAGGUUCUGAUGUCGUGGCAGACAAUUUUGUGCCUCGACGCCCGGUCGUCAUUUCGCCCGCGAUCACACCUACCGGUUCCAUCGUUCCAGAAGAUUUCUC